AUGCCUACCAGUAGCCCGAGCCGGACAAGUCGAGCGAAGCUGUUCACCAAGAUCCAGGGCGCUCCAGCUACACAGCACGGCUGUCGACUCUUGAAUCUGCCACCCGAGCUACGAAACAGGAUCUACCACUUUGCCUUACAAGACGACAUCUCUUACAUUCUACGGGAGACGGUCAAGCGCAAGAGACUUCAUACUAUCAAGCCAACUGCUCCUGGUCUGGUACUCACCUGUCGUCAAACCCACGCCGAAGCAAUUCGAAUGCUAUACCGACAAGCCCACUUCACCUUCGAUACCGCCGAUUUACUGAACAAGUGGACCAAGAAGAUUGGAUUCCAGCGUCUCCAGCUAGUCAAAGUACUUCGCAUCAAAAGCCCGGCGCCGACUUUGGCAGUCAUGAUGAAAGCAUACUGGAAACCUCGUGCCGCAUUGACAGAGUUCGCUACGGAUGCUGAACAAGCUCUCCAGGUGGUGAAGGAAGGGACUUACCUUGGUGGGACUGUGCUGAAGACUGAUCUGUACAUGCCGGCAAGAAUGAUGGGUAUUACCUGGACCGCCCGGCCACUUGAGCUGGUCACUGAGUACUUGAAGACUGCAGAUGAUAGAUUACUGUCGCGAGAGACGUACCAGGCUUGCGAGAUGUUGAGUCGUGAGAGGGCGAAGAAGUGUUGA